AUGGCACAGAUAUUAAUAAAAGAUAGGGAGGGAAGAACAGCUCUUCAUAAUGCAGCAAUACAGGGAAAUAAAAGAGUAGCCGAUUUUCUUAUUUCACAUGGUGCCCUUAUUAAUGAAACAGAGAAUCAUGGAAAAACAGCUCUUAAUUUAGCAUUAGAGUAUAAACGUGAAGAAAUAGUCGAACUUCUUCGUUCACACAAUUCUACUAACAAUUCUUGA